UGAAGAAACGUCAGUCUUGAAUUGUGCUCGAAGGAAGUUCUACCCUCGCUUGUGGUUAAAAAAAACUGCAUCGAACUUAUUCUUCAUAUUCAGUCUCUACGUCUCCAUUAUCAAAAGGAAAAUGGAAUCAGCAUGGUUCGUCUUAUUGAUAGGCCUACUACUGGCAGACUUUGGCAAUGCAACCUACGGGUCCAGGCCUGCCAAUGUUUGCCAACGCCAGACUAUUACCAAACAAGUCGUGGCUCCGCAGUAUAUCACUUCAAUACAACUGGUUACCGCGCAUGUCACCAUUUCCAACACGCAAGCCCAAUAUCAGUACCAGACACAGUUCCAAAACGUAUACGUCACCAGGACUCUAACUUACCCAGUCUACUACACGCAAACAGUGCAAGCCGGUGUCGUUAUCACUACUGCUUAUAUUGACGAAUACGUCACUCAGACGGUGCCAUACCAGAUCACCAAGACCAUCAACCAGCUGGUGUACGUCUCGAGGCCUUGCAAUUUCGUUUCAGGCCAAGGUCGACCACCGAUACCACCUGUAUAUGGCUACGGAGGACGAUAGAUGACUACUUGACGGUUAAAUAGCAAGGCAAUUAAAUAAUUUCUGUAUAAGUAGUUCGUUGUAUAUAUAUUGUUGGUAUAUAGUAUGUUAUAUAUAUUAAUUAUAUAAUUACUGCCAUUAUCAUCAUCAUAAACUAUCAUCCAGUGGUAAUCAAUAGAAAAUGAAUAUUGUUUAUGUAUAUAAAAAACGUGAACAGCUACAAAGUUAAACAAAUUUAUCAUUAAAGAAACUUCGUUUACAUAAAGUACCAUUGUUUGAGCCAGUGCCUUAGUCUCAAGUAUCUUGUACUUAAAUAAAUGGUCGUUUUAUUGUAGAAUAGUUUGGUUAAGUGAUUUAUUCCGGUUUGAUUAGCAUUUUUAUGAUUUACUUUAGAUAAAAUUUUAAAAACUUGAAUACUUUUUGUCUAUGCACAUUUCGUGUAACUUUUUAUAUUUAUAACAUUGUGUGACCGUGCCAGAGUUCUCUCACGUGAGACUAGUGAUAUUUUGUAAUUAGAAAUAUACCCUUUUCCUGUAAUGUAAUUCCCAUACUCACUGUCAUUCUAUGAUAAUAUCCUGACAUAAUAUUUCUUCAUGUCUAACCUAUAAACAUCUAUAGAAAUAGAGGCAGCCAUUAGCCAAUCACAGGGAACGUUACAUGCCUUCCUCCGAGUAGCUGAGUGCAUGGACACCCAGUUCAAAAACUUUAGACCCAUGUGACUUUUUCUCUAAGAUUCUCUGGUGCGGUUUAAAAAGUGUUUCGAAGACUGGAUUCCUUUUACGAACGGUUUACGAAAGACUGAGGUUUGACCUCGUCUAGAAACCUGAGCUUAAAGUUCCUUCUGACGGACACCAAUGGCAUUUGUAUUCCAUGGGUCUUCGGUAAGCCUAAAUUGACGAUGUUUAUUACAAGCAGUUAGGCCUACCUUGGUAGUGUGACCUAGCCCUGGGUCAGUUAAGGGCACGGCGGUGACCUGAGAUGCUGGUUGAGGGUCAUAAGCUCUCAGACAGGUUAGGUUAGAAACAGUAGUCUGUGUAGUUUACAUUAUUUUUCCAAAUGGUUGUUAUAUGAUAUUUUUGAUACUUUUUCGGUUGUGCCGUCUAAUAAAGAUGUUCUUCAGUUGCAAUAUUACAAAUAU